AUGGGCGAUGCCAGAGCUGGAAGGAAGUGGCCGUGUGUGUGCGGGCUGCUGCUGCUGCUGCUCUGGGGCACCACAGCUUCUCAGCCGGAGCGGGGCGCCGCCGGCCAGGACCGUGUGCCUCUGCAGGAAGGGGCUGAAGUAAAGGCAAACAGCCUCCUGACUUUCCUGGCUUGGUGGCAUGAGUGGACCGCCCAGGCUCAUGCCGGGGCUCUCAUCGGAGGAGACACCAGCAACAUAGCCAAGCGCCAGGAAGAUCCACCCCUUCAGCAGCCCCCACGCCGGGAGAAAACAGAGAAAACCCGCUGCAAGAAUUUCUUCUGGAAGACCUUCUCCUCCUGCAAAUAAACCUCACCCUGCUUACACAUGUGAAAUGCGGUGAUGGAUCCAGACAAAGCAUAUUA